AUGAUAGGCCUAGAAAAAAAAUUGCUUCGUUCGGUCCAUAAAAUUGUUCAAGAUUUAAAAACUAAUCUUUAUUUACAAUAUUCUGGUAAAGUUUACCUUGUAAGACUCUUUGAGAAUAUUAAUUAUUGUGCUAUUCAUGUCAAAAUACAUUUAAUUGGCCAGGAGAAUGGGAUAAGGAUUCCUUGUGAAAUUUGA